AUGACCUUUAUAACGCAACCUUCUAAUCCGACGCCGCCCCUCCACCCCGGGCCUCCUCAAGCUUAUUCCAACUCGGCCCGCUGUGCCUUCGACUUCAAUUGGAGCCGUAAGGAGCUCCUCCCAGAGGAGUCGGCUGUACGGAGUAGGGCAUAUCCCUCGCCUCCUAUGUCCGGCUCUCCGCCUUUGCCUCUGAGAUCGGCUCAUGAGGCCGGUGGUCGAGGCGAGGCUCCGACUUUCUACGCUACCUCUAGACUUAUCGAUGGCCUUCGUGGAGGUCCGACACAAUCAUCGCCUGCAAAUAUUCGGGAACAAAUUUCACCAAUAAUAACGAGACCAUACCCACAAGAACCAACAACAAGGUCGCCCUAUUCAUACCCAAGGCCGGACGAAUCAGGGAGAAUUGUCCCUUAUCCUCCUCAGCAUCACCAUGGAAUGCCCCAAGGAGUUUCACAAGCGCCGUACCUGAACUCAGCAUCAUCGAAUUCGGAAGCAUAUCCUGUGCCUGAUCGAUCACAGGCAGUCGAAUCACAGCCGUUUACGUCUCCGAAAUCUCAGAGAAAGACAAAGGGCCAUGUUGCCUCCGCUUGCGUGCCUUGCAAGAAAGCUCAUCUUCGGUUAGUCAUCACACAACGACCCUGUUCUCGAUGUCUUGGUAAUGGGAAAGAGGAUGCUUGUGUCGACGUUCAGCAUAAGAAAAGAGGUCGGCCACGAUUACGAGACGAAAGAGAUGCUAGAUUCGAUCCCACAAGAUAUUCCCAUCCCCAGGAUGCGGCCCUCAGGAGGCCGUUAAGUAUAUACCCCUCAGGCAUGGCAGGACUUUCACCAUACGAAGACCCUCUUCGACGAAGUCAAUCCUAUCGAUCACUCGAGCCGCCGUCGAAUGAUGCUACUUCGCGUGAAUAUCAAGAGAGGUCCAUGGCUCCAGAUCCAAAUAUCUAUAAUCUAUCGUAUCCAGGCACACCGCAUGCUAUGGAGCCUCUGGCGUACUUGAGUAUGGAGUUUGAUAUUGUUAAGGCAUCUCCAAUGUUCAUGGACAUAGUCCACGCAUCGAGCCCAAUAGGGAAUAAACUAAGCGAUAUCGUUACACCACACCAGGCAAAUUUCCUCACCAAUCUUCAAAAUCAACUUUUUGAAGAGCAACGAUUACACGAGCCGAAUUAUCUGCCUCCUAUGCUGGGCAGGCUAGAUUUAGCAAUCAAGGACUUUGGAUUUACGACUGAAGAUGUCGCAAGAUUUCGCCUUAACCAUCUCGAAUAUUUCAGCUUCGUUGGAUAUGAUGGCUACACAAGGACUUUUCCGCUUCGUUUUGGGCUCGCAAAGGAGGGUUCGUUCUAUUUCGUCGUGUUCCUGUUGAGUCUUCAACAGCCUCCCCCACAGUUACCACCUCCGCUACCAUCGCAUGCACAACAUCAUGCUCAGCACGCGCAGCAUCCUCCAUAUGCACAGCACUCACAGCAUUCACAACACACGAGGGAACCUGGUACCAGCUCAGGAAUCCCAACUUAUACGCAGUCACAAUAUUCUGGGGCUAGCUAUCAGACAUCUCAAAGUGACCAUAACCCUACUAGCCGACCUGCAACUCAACCCGCUUAUCACUUACCUCCUAUUCGGGCACAGCCAGAUCACAGACCCUCCUCUCGAGAAGUCGGUUGGCCCAAUGGCGAACGACCAAGACGAGUUGAUAUUGGUGGCCUGCUGGAGCAGCCCGCAGAUUCUGGCAGGCGGUAG